CUAGUUUGCAGGCAACUCGGGCUUCUUCCACCAUAAAUGGCGGCUACAGGUUCUUACACCACUCCCAUCUCCACUCCUUCCAAGACCCUUCCCGUCGUUAAAAGCUCCGUUGCCUCCAAUCUCACAUUCUCACCUUCGCCUUUCAAGCUUAGCUUGAAGUCUCUCAGGGUUAAGCGAUGCUCUGGCCGUGGCUCCGCUCUCGGAGCUCAAAUGGUUUCGGUUCCGACAAUAAAAACCCCUGCUUCUCUUGAUUUCCAGACCGAUGUCUUCAAGAAGGAGAAGAUUAACCUUGCUGGACACGAUGAGUACAUCGUCAAAGGAGGGAGGGAUUUGUUCCAUUUGUUGCCGGAUGCUUUCAAGGGCAUUAAGCAGAUCGGUGUCAUCGGAUGGGGAUCACAGGGACCUGCUCAGGCCCAGAAUCUGCGGGAUUCACUUGCUGAGGCAAAGUCUGAUAUUGUAGUCAAGAUUGGACUCAGGAAAGGUUCCCGAUCAUUUGCUGAAGCUCGAGCUGUUGGUUUUACUGAGGAGAAUGGGACUCUAGGUGAUAUAUGGGAAACUGUCUCUGGCAGUGAUCUUGUGUUGCUGUUGAUUUCUGAUGCUGCUCAGGCCGAUAACUAUGAAAAAGUGUUUUCCCACAUGAAGCCAAACAGCAUCCUUGGGCUGUCUCAUGGGUUUCUCCUUGGGCAUUUGCAGUCACUGGGACUUGAUUUCCCCAAGAAUAUCAGUGUAAUUGCUGUCUGUCCAAAGGGAAUGGGUCCAUCAGUUAGGAGACUUUAUGUCCAAGGCAAAGAGAUAAAUGGUGCUGGAAUUAAUUCAAGUUUUGCAGUCCACCAGGACGUUGAUGGCAGAGCUACUGAUGUUGCUUUGGGAUGGUCCGUUGCCCUUGGUUCUCCUUUCACAUUUGCUACCACGCUAGAGCAGGAAUACAAGAGUGAUAUCUUUGGAGAGAGAGGAAUUUUAUUGGGUGCUGUUCACGGGGUUGUGGAGUGCUUGUUCAGGAGAUACAGAGAGCAUGGAAUGGAUGAAGAUCUUGCUUACAAGAACACUGUUGAGUGCAUAACAGGAAUUGUAUCAAAAACCAUAUCUACUAAGGGGAUGCUGGCUCUUUACAACUCUUUAACCGAAGAUGGAAAGAGGGAAUUUGAGAAAGCUUACAGCGCCUCGUACUAUCCCUGCAUGGACAUCUUGUACGAGUGCUAUGAGGAUGUGGCUAGUGGCAGUGAAAUUCGCAGUGUUGUUUUGGCUGGACGCCGCUUCUAUGAGAAAGAGGGUCUACCUGCCUUCCCCAUGGGUAAAAUUGAUCAGACCCACAUGUGGAAGGUUGGUGAACGCGUACGAUCUAAAAGGCCAGAAGGUGAUCUUGGUCCACUCUACCCAUUUACUGCUGGUGUCUUUGUGGCAUUGAUGAUGGCCCAGAUUGAGGUACUGAGGAAGAAAGGCCAUUCCUACUCAGAAAUCAUCAACGAGAGUGUGAUUGAGGCUGUCGACUCUCUAAAUCCUUUCAUGCAUGCUCGGGGUGUUUCUUUCAUGGUUGACAAUUGCUCCACCACAGCAAGAUUGGGCUCAAGGAAAUGGGCUCCACGAUUUGAUUACGUCCUUCACCAACAGGCCUUGGUGGCAAUCGACAAUGCUGCACCUGUCAACCAAGAUCUAAUCAGUAACUUCCUGUCAGACCCAGUGCAUGCAGCAAUUGAAGUUUGUGCUGAACUCAGACCCACCCUAGAUAUUUCUGUGCCACCGAAUGCAGACUUCGUUCGUCCUGAGUUGCGCCAAUCCAGCAAUUAGAACUUCAAGCAUUGGCUGCUUCUCCCUGGUCAAGCCUUUUGAUAAUGAGCUAUUGAGCUUAGAAGAGUAGUUGUCCUGUACGCGUGGUUUUGUUUUCAUAGUUUAGUAGUAAUGUGGAGAAUGUAUUGUCACUUUUGACUUAACGUUUUGAUGAUGAGGAUUGGUGCUUACGCUUAUUGUUCCACCAGAUUUUUGUGGUAAUAAAUUGUGGCAAAUAUUUUGAAUCUGGUGCA